AUGGAGGUCGUCGAGGGGCUCAUGACCCAGUCCGCCCAGCUGCGUGAAGCCAGGAAUCUGUCCGACCAAAGCUAUGACCGCCAGAUUCGUGAGAAUGUCUCCUCUUUGAGACGUGUCCUGUCUACCAAGGCUCUUGGUGCAUUUGCCAGCAAUGACUCCCUCCUUGACCAUUUCGACCCAGUUGCGGACUCUCUCGUCUAUCUGUUUCUUCUUCGCGCUCAAACUCAAGCUUUUCAAGAAGAGUUUCGUGAAAACGUGCCAGCGGCCUUGCUUCCUCCCGGAAACCUCUGGUCGAGAAUCGUCUCGUACCUGAGAACUUUCGAUCCCGUCCAAGUCAGAUACGCAGGCCAAGAGUGGCGCCAGUUGGUUGAACUUGUUGCACAGGCUUCACAAGUACCUAUCCUAGCCGUGCGGUUGGUCAGAGAUGCCAUGUUGCGGCUGGAUCCUUCAUGUGCUGUCUUUACGUCGACACACCUACUUCUUGCCCGCCUCUGCUUGCGGGCGAGAGCAUACACCCAUGCGUUGCCCGUACUUGACAGACAUGUCUGCCACUUCCCUACCUCGACUCCCCGCGCCACGUCUGGCUUUUCCGUGUUGCCUUGUGCAGCGCACGACUCAAGUUUGUCUUUUAUCACCGAUACCUCUGGACUAUCAUCCAAGUUGACCUACAAGGACUAUCUACAAUAUUUCCUUUGUGGUGGAAUGAUCUAUAUGGCACUGAAGCAGUGGUGCAAGGCAGCUCAUUUUCUCGAGGUUGUUAUUUCCAUGCCAACGGUGGGUCCCAUCAGCAUGAUCAUGGUGGAGGCUUACAAGAAGUGGAUAUUGGUGACAUUGUUAGAGAAGGGCAAGUUAUCCUCGCCUUCUAACCUGAUUGCUCCACAUGUUGUCAAGCUGUACCAGUCGCUGGCUAAGCCUUACGUCAAUCUGGCCCACAGUUUCUCCAGAGGUGACUUGGCGCAUUUGGAGGCAGAGAUCGACGCAGCUCGGGAGAUUUGGUGUACUGAUAACAACAUGGGCCUUGUUUCUCAGGUCCUCGGUGCCUACACCAAGCAUACUGUUAUGGGUAUCAAGCAGACAUUUGCGGCCCUGACAGUUAAGGAGCUUUCAGAACAGGCAUCACCCAUGCGAAUGAAUGACGAAGCUACAGAGUCAGUCAUUGCGUCUUUCAUCAUGUCUGGUGCUUUGAAGGCCACCUUGGUGCAAAACUCAACCCGGGGCAGCCCAACCAUGCUUCGGUUUUCGGAAAUCCAUUCUGCUCCACGGCUCUCAGACGAGAGUAAGGCACAGUCUCGCCUUGUACGGGAAAGUCAGUCUCUUGGGUCCCUAAUGAAUGGUCUUGAUGAAAUUGGCUAUCAUAUGGGACUAAGCAACGAAUUUAUUGAUGCUGUGCAGAGAGGCCAGACUUGGGCCGGUGUGGGCGAUGUCAAUUCUGGAAUGAGUGAAGACGUUGGACUCGAGAUAGAAGAGGAUCUUAUGGGUGAGGUAUCUUAA